AUGGGCAAGGAUAGAAGCAGCAGAGAGGGCGGCGACGCCUCGUCCUCGGCCAGCCAAUCAAAACGACCUGGCAUCAACCACCAGGACAGCGACUCUCAGGUCAGCGAUCAGGCCUCUCAGCACGGCGGAGGCAGUCACCACACCGGCUUGCACCGCACCAAGCCCCAGAAACACAUUGUCGGCGGAGGCGGCGCCGGACGACUACACGCCCGCGUGCCCUCCUCCAAGGCCCUCUACAAACAACACCACCCGGCGGCCCUGGCCGCCGCCGCAGCAUCCUCGACCAAGCAGCAGCAGCGCCGGCAGCCCUCGCCCGACCCGACCGAGCACGACGACGGCCAAUUGCCCUGGGUCCAGCCGACGCACCGCCGCGCCACCUCGGAGGUGAAGCUGUCGCGCGAGUCCUCCACGACCAACCUGAUCAAGAAGAACGCGUCCCACUCGAGCCUGAUCAAGCGGAACAGGUCGCACAUCGACGUGGGCAAGCGCAACAAGUCGUCGGGCCAGCUCAAGCGCUCGCUGUCCAACCCGGGCGUCGACAAGCUCAAGGCCGCCAUCGCGAGCGGCGGCAACAGCAGUAGCCAUAAUACCAAGAACGAAAAGACCCAGGUACACUUCGACCUGGGCAACGACGAUCAAGAGGACGAGUGGGUGGACGCUAGCACCUCGGCCUCGCCGUACCUGUCGCGGCGCACAUCGGUAGCCGGCAGCGGGCAGUCGUCCGCCAGGCAGCCCGCCAGCCCCGAGGACUCGAGGCCGCAGAGCCUGUCGUCGUCCAUACACCACAGAGACAAGGGCAAAGACGUGGCUUCUUCCUCCUCGGCCGGGACGGUCGCGUCCAGCGCGCCCGACCGGGCCACGGUCCAGCACAAGAUCAACCUUACAUCGAGACUACUGCAGAGAACGCCUUCGACCGGCGCGCCGCCCAUGAUGUCCAGCGAGACGGCGUCUGCGUCGGCGAGGCCGCCGCCUGCGCACCAGCCGCGGGAGCAGUCGCCCGACUCGGGCCUCAGCCGGCAGUCGACGUCGACGCUGUCGGGCACGCCGCAGACGCCCGGCCAGAACCUGCCCGGCGCCGGCGCCGGCGGCGCCAGCGCCAAGGACGACAUGACGUCGCGCUUCGUGACUAACAGCCAGGGCGUGGGGUCGGCGGCUACGGGAUCCAGCUCGUUCUACAACGCGUCGCGGGGGAGCUCGUCUCGUCCCGGCUCGGGCAUCAGGGAGGAAGAGGAGGGCCUCAAGAGGCCGCGGUCUAUGGGGGCGCUGUCUCUGGCCGGCCCGGCCACCGCGCGCUCGAUGGCGGCGCAGAGGGAAGACGAGGACCACUGGACGGACGAGGACGGCCGCGCGGAUAGCAGAUCGCCGGCGGGAGAAGGAGGAGGAGGAGGCAGGGCCCGGCGGGCGGGAGCGUACGUGGUGCCCCCCGCGGCCGACACGCGCGUCCAGCAGAAGCUGGACCUGCAGCGGGCGAGCUCGACCAUCGAGCCGAGCCACCGGCACCACCAGGGCGCCGGGGUCGCGGCCGGCGCGCUGAUCGGCGGGGCCGGCUACGACACGCGCGACCCGCGCAUCGGCAAGCUGCUCGAGCGCACGGGCAUGGAGUACCUCGUCGUCCGGCGGUACCAGAACCCCGUCGCCCGCAGCAUCGCCCGCCUGUCGCAGCUGCCCGGUGCGGACAAGAACAGGCGCAUCCCCAACGGCGGCACCGGCGGCGGCGGCGGCGGCGGUGGUACGCCGAGCCGGUCUGGCGCCGGUGGCGGUGGCGGUGGUGGUGCAGCAGGGCAUGCUAAGCGCGUGUCCGAGUACGGCGGCGGCCGGUUCGGCCUGAGCCAGAGCUUCCGCGAUGAGCAGGCGAGGCAGCAGCAGCAGCGGCCGAGCAGCGCUGCUGGGCCCGGUCACGGUGCGGCCGUCGGCAAUGCGAAGAGGCCCGUGACGCCCAAGCGCGCGACGUCGUACGCGCGGCCCAACGGGGCUGGGCCGUCGGGCGAGGCGGCCGGCGGCGGCGGCGGCGGUGGUGGUGGUGGCGGCGCGCUGAGCGGGUCGAGCCUGGUGGACGGCGAGGACGACGACGGCACGGUGGCGCUGCUGCGCAACCUGUGGGAGAAGAACUUGGACCUGAGCGCCAGCCAGGAGUAG